AUGAAGUCUGUACGCUUGAUGCACGCCCUGUGCAGGCGUGUCCAGCACACAUUCCUGGCCAGACGCAGAGAUGUGGAACAGCGACGGCACUACGCCGAGAAAUGUGACUCGGUGAUCAAAGGCGUUGUGGUGGGCGUGUACGCCAAGGGCGACCGCCAGCCCAAGAUGACACCAUCCGGCGAGAAGUUUGACGAUCGCGUCCAGGGUAAGAUCACUGAUCUAAUACGCGAGACGGGCCUGAGUGGCCAGCUGGGAAAAGGCCGUGUCUUUAUGAACGUGGAUGCGGAGUUCCGUGCGGUGGCCGUGGUCGGCGUGGGACAGGAGGGGGCCGGCUUCAACGACCUGGAGAUGAUCGACGAGGGAAUGGAGAACGCUCGCGUCGCUGCCGGCGUGGGGGCUCGUGCCCUUCAACUGCAGGGCUGCACAGAUGUCUUCGUGGAGUCGAUGGAGUAUGCGGAGCAGGCGGCCGAGGGGAGCGCCUUGGCCGUCUGGCGCUACAACACCAACAAGCGCCGUCGGGACCGCACACUCAUUUCCAAACUGGAGCUGUCCGACUCCCCCGACUCGGAUGCCUGGAUGCGGGGCCUGUUCAAGGCCAAAUCGCAGAACCUGGCCCGUCGCCUGGCCGAUACGCCGGCCAAUCAGAUGACGCCCACAAUCUUCGCCCAGUCAACGGUGGAUGCCCUGUGCCCCUGCGGGGUAUCCGUGGAGGUACGCAGCAUGGACUGGAUCGAGUCCAAGAGCUUGAACAGCUUCUUGAUGGUGGCCAAGGGCAGCUGCGAGCCGCCGAUCAUCUUGGAAAUCGCCUACUGCGGCACCGCACCCGAGGACAAGCCCAUCCUCCUGCUGGGCAAGGGCAUCACAUUCAACAGCGGGGGCCUCUGCCUCCGUCCCAAGGACUGCUUGUCCAUGUACCGCGGCUGCAUGUCCGGUGCAGCCGCCUGCGUGGGCGUCAUCCGAGCCGCCGCCGGCCUAUCGCUGCCCCUAAACAUAACGGCACUGCUGCCGCUGUGCGAGAACAUGCCCUCCGGAAUGGCGGCCAAGCCUGGCGACGUGGUGUCCCUCCUCAAUGGCAAAACUCUCGGCUUCGUGGACGUCAGCAAGGCUGGUGUGAUGGACAUUGCUACAGUGGGCUACGCCGUCUGCCCAGCGCUGGGCGGAGCAGCAGCCAGGAUUUUCAGCAAUUCGAACUUCGUCUACAAGCAGUUCGAGAAGGCCGGUGCCCUUACGGGGGAUCGCGUUUGGCGUCUGCCCCUGUGGCGCUACUUCAAGGAGCUGAUCAUGCCGAACGAGCCCUUUGACAUCAGCAACCACGGACGUGGCCCCGCCUCCAGCUGCAUCGCUGCCGCCGUUCUGCACGAGCUGGUGCCGUGCGUCGACUGGGCCCACCUGGACAUCCGCAACGUGGGCAUGCUGACGCGCUACAAUCCGCUCCCAUAUUUGCUGAAGGACCGCAUGACUGGCCGUCCCACUCGCACCAUCGUUCUGUUUCUGUUUCAGAUGGCUUGCCCCGACGGCAAGUAA